AUGGAUUCAUGUAAGCAUGCAAAUGAGUUGGCUCACAGUGUCGCAUUAAACAUUGUCCUUAUUAUUGUGAUUAUCAUAUCAGCGAUAGCAGUUGUUGUUGAAAUAUGGAUAAUAUUUAAGACAACGAAUCGUAUUUUACUACAUCAAAAUACUCGAAUUUUGAUUAUAGUACAUCAGUUGUGGCUUAUUCUUCAUUGUAUUGCAAGAAUAUUUGCCCAUACCUAUGUACUGCUGGCAUAUCACAAAACGCGUGUUGAUCCGUGUGGGUAUAUGACAGUUCUGUGGGAAUGUUUCAUGAUGCGAACACCGAUAUCUUUGACAUUAUUUUUAAAUGCGGCUUCGAUACCGACAGUAGUCAUUGAGCGGGCUAUCGCUACGUAUUUCUCAUCGAGAUACGAAAAUUUUGGGAAAAGUAUCGCUGUUAUACUUAUCGUAAUGCAGUUAACCAUUGGUAUCGGUAGUUUCCUAUUUAUGAGUAGUAAUUUCAAAUUGUUCGAUUCAGAGAAAGUGGUUUAUUGUUCGACGGCGAAUAAAGAAAACGCACUAAAAUCUGCUGCUGUUCUAGGCUUUUAUGCGACCAUCGAUUGUAUCUCUGCUUUAACAUUCCCAGUUUUAUUUUGCAUUAAUAAGAGAUUUCACCGAAACAAAAUUCACGUCAACUUAUCACAUCGUUAUCAAAUCACGGAAAAUAUAAGUUCUCUUCAAACAUUAUCACCAAUAGUUGCAUUUCAUUCCGUAUUCCUGGCACUUUAUUUGGGCGCACUGUUUAUGUACUUUGCUAUCGAUUUCAAAUUUUCACCAAAACAGUUUGCUAUUUAUCUCGAAAGUGUGCAAUUAACUCCGUUAUAUGCAUUAACUUUACCAAUUGCUAUAGUUUGGACAGAAAAACACGUCAGGAAAACUAUCCAAGAAAAUUGUCAGAAGGCUAUCGAAUUAACGGGCAGUGAAGCAGCUAACCACUAUUUUACAAUUUUUGAGACACCCAAAGGAAAGAACGGUUGA